AUGGCAGAGGGCAAGGCGAAGGCCAUGCCCAAGGCGGAAGCACACGCUUCUGCUGAACCGCCGCCGCCGCCCCGCCGCCGGCCUGCAGCCGCAGUGCCGCCGCGGCGGAGGCCAGCGGCAGCGCGCUGUGAUGUUGAAGCCGACGCCGAGGCGGCGAGGAUGGCUUUCGAUCCAGACCCCAUCGAUAGAUACCUCGAUGUCGACGCAAUCGGCGCCGAUUUGCCCGUGAUCCAGAAUCGCCUUCAUUCGUUCGUUUGGCACUCGGCAAUGAAAUUCCACACCAAUGCAGGCUUGACCAAAGAGCAAGCCAAACCCAAAGCUAGCGAGCAGGCAGCCUUGCACGUAGACCGCUGGCGCGAGAAAGUCGGCCUGCCUCCGAUUGGGAGGUGA